AACACAGGGGCUAAAUAAUCAUUUUCACCAUUUCUUUCAUCUGAAAUAGUUUUCAACUGUCAAUAUGUCUGCAGCAACAGAGGAAGCUGCGGUGGUCCCCUCGUGACUGCUUCUUCCAAACGUCCAAAGAAAGCGCCGAGAGCCUGACUGUAGGUUUACUGAAAGUCUCACCUUUACUCUUCCUGAAAGCUGAGCAAUUUAACCCCGAAACCAUGAGCGUGCCCGCCAACGAGCCCCCGAGUAUACUCUGCUACCAGAGGCCAGAUGAAGAGGUGGUAAUAGACCUAGGAGGAACCAGCUCAGUGAUGAACAUCCACUAUGAAAAGGAGGAACUGGAAGGCCAUAGGGCACUGUUUGUGGGGGUCCGGAUGCCCAGGCAGAGCCAUCGUCACCACAGACCCCAUGGAUCCCGCCAUCGCAAGAGAGACAAGAGGGCAGGAAGCAUCGCAACUCAACCAAGCGAGGAAAGUGAGACGACCGCCGGCAGUCAUGAUACACCGUCCCAGCGGGUCCAGUUCAUCCUGGGCACAGAGGAGGAUGCCGAACACGUGUCCCACGAGUUGUUCACUGAGCUGGAUGAGAUCUGUGUAAAGGAUGGAAAGGAUGCAGAGUGGAAAGAAACAGCCAGGUGGCUGAAGUUUGAGGAGGAUGUGGAGGAUGGUGGGGAGAGAUGGAGCAAGCCUUAUGUUGCUACACUUUCCCUGCACAGCUUGUUUGAGCUUCGCAGCUGCAUUAUCAAUGGCAGCGUGCUGCUUGACAUGCACGCCGACUGCAUAGAAGAAAUAGCAGACAUGGUGCUGGACCACCAGGAGGCAUCGCAUGAGCUGGAUGACAGUGUGAGAGUGAGGGUGCGCGAAGCCCUGUUGAAGAGACAUCACCACCAAAAUGAGAAGAAGAAGAACUUGAUUCCCAUUGUGCGCUCCAUCACAGAGGGAACACGCAAACAAUCAGAGGCUCAUGCGAUAGGGUCGGCCACAUCUCCCCAGCCUCCUCCACUCACUGAAUCCAACAAGAAUGGCGCUGGACAGGACCCCACUCAGGUGGACCUCAGUAAGGUUGAUCUACACUUCAUGAAAAAGAUUCCUGAUGGUGCAGAAGCUUCCAAUGUUCUGGUAGGAGUUCUGGACUUCCUGGAAAGGCCGAUUGUGGCUUUUGUCCGUCUUUCCCCUGCUGUGUUGCUCACUGGACUUACUGAAGUCCCCAUACCCACCAGGUUCCUCUUCAUUCUUCUGGGCCCUGAUGGAAAAACUCAGCAAUACCAUGAAAUUGGACGAUCCAUGGCAACCAUCAUGACAGAUGAGAUCUUCCACGAUGUAGCAUACAAGGCAAAAGACAGAAGUGAUCUGUUAGCAGGGAUUGAUGAGUUCCUGGACCAGGUGACUGUCCUGCCACCAGGAGAGUGGGACCCCUCCAUUCGCAUUGAGCCCCCAAAGAGCGUACCUUCUCAAGAGAAGAGGAAAAUCCCAGGUGUUCCUAACGGAGCAGCCUGCCAGGUAGAGGAAGAGCUACAUGCUGAGCACCACGGGCCAGAGCUGAAGAGAACUGGAAGGUUGUUUGGUGGUCUGAUACUGGACAUUAAGAGGAAAGCUCCAUUCUAUCUGAGUGACUUUAAGGAUGGCCUGAGCCUCCAGUGUGUGGCCUCCUUCCUUUUCCUCUACUGUGCCUGUAUGUCUCCUGUCAUCACCUUUGGGGGUCUGCUGGGGGAGGCGACAGAAGGACGUAUUAGUGCCAUAGAAUCCCUUUUUGGUGCAUCUAUGACUGGAGUAGCCUACUCUUUGUUUGCUGGUCAGCCUCUCACCAUCCUGGGCAGCACAGGUCCUGUUCUGGUCUUUGAGAAAAUCCUCUUUAAAUUUUGCAAGGACUACGACCUGUCUUAUCUUUCGCUGCGGACUUGCAUAGGCUUGUGGACGGCCCUGCUGUGUUUGGUGUUGGUUGCCACAGAUGCUAGUUCUCUGGUGUGCUACAUCACUCGGUUCACAGAGGAAGCCUUUGCUGCCCUCAUCUGCCUCAUCUUCAUUUAUGAGGCCUUGGAGAAACUGUUCCACUUAGGAGAGCUAUACCCAUUUAAUGCACACAGUGACCUGGACAAACUCACACUGGCAUACUGUAGGUGUGCAGAGCCUGAUAAUCCCAAUAAUAAAACCAUUGAUCUGUGGGGAGAGAGAAACAUCACAGCUUCUGCUGUUCCCUGGGCCAACCUGACUGUUAAGGAGUGUAUAAGUUUGCAGGGCCAAUUUGUUGGGACAGCAUGUGGACACCAUGGCCCUUACACCCCAGAUGUUCUCUUCUGGUCCACCAUCCUCUUCUUUUCAACAUUUUUUAUGUCUGCCUUCCUCAAACAAUUUAAGACUAGCCGUUAUUUCCCCACUAAGGUGCGGUCCAUGAUCAGUGACUUUGCUGUGUUCCUCACAAUUGUCAUUAUGGUCCUGCUUGACUUUGCCAUUGGAGUGCCUUCUCAGAAGCUGAAGGUCCCAAGCAAAUUUCAGCCUACGAGAGAUGAUCGUGGUUGGUUGAUCAAUCCAAUAGGACGCAACCCAUGGUGGACAGUUCUGGCUGCCUCUAUUCCUGCUCUUCUCUGCACCAUCCUCAUCUUCAUGGACCAGCAGAUAACUGCUGUUAUAAUCAAUCGCAAAGAGCACAAAUUGCUGAAAGGUUGUGGGUACCAUCUGGACCUUUUGAUGGUGGGGGUGAUGCUAGCAGUGUGCUCCAUCAUGGGGUUGCCAUGGUUUGUAGCAGCUACUGUUUUGUCCAUCUCUCAUGUGAACAGUCUGAAGUUGGAGUCAGAGAGCUCUGCCCCAGGAGAGCAGCCUCGCUUCCUAGGCAUCCGAGAGCAGAGGCUCACCGGCCUCCUCAUCUUCCUGCUGAUGGGCUGCUCUGUAUUUAUGACUGGUGCCCUGCAGUUCAUUCCUAUGCCAGUGUUGUAUGGUGUUUUCCUUUACAUGGGAGUCUCUUCAUUAAAAGGCAUCCAGUUCUUUGACCGUCUGAAACUGUUUGGUAUGCCAGCAAAGCACCAACCAGAUUUCAUCUAUCUGCGACACGUUCCCUUGAGGAAGGUGCACCUGUUCACUCUCACCCAGCUUACCUGCCUGGUGCUUCUCUGGGUCAUCAAAACUUCUCCUGCUGCCAUCGUCUUUCCCAUGAUGGUACUGGCUCUGGUUUUCAUCCGCAAGCUGCUGGACUUUUGUUUCUCUGAUCGAGAGCUGAGCUAUCUGGAUGAUUUAAUGCCUGAAUGGAAGAAAAAAAAUCUUGAUGACGCCUCCAAAAAGUUGCAAGAGGAAUCGCAGGUUAUGCUUGAUUUGAAAAAGGAAGAUACAUCUACUGUUCAGAUCCCUGUUGAGAGCAGAAAACCCAUUCAGACUCCAAAAGCACAUGAUCCCAGGUGUGAUCCCUCUGAUAUUAAUAUAUCUGAUGAAAUGUCUAAAACCACUGUGUGGAAAUCCCUCAACUCCAAUCAAAAGGACUUUCGUCCUUUGGCUGCUAAAAAGGAUUGAAGGACUCACAUUCAUUGAUGAGUAACAAACGUCUACACUCCUGACAGACUCAACUGUAUCACCCGACUGUAGCUCUGGACCACAGGAGACCACAAUUUGGCUGCUGUAGCCAAAUAAGCCACCUCUGUGCUUACAGAAUAAGUCUCAGUAAUUUUUAGCUGUUAUAGUAUCGUCUACAAACACACACACACACACACACACACACACACACACAAAGUGAGCAGUUCAUACCUAUACAGUGUGUAUUUGUAUCUUUCUGAGGUUUGUACAUAUUUAAACACGUUUUGAAUCUUAUACUUCUAAACAAAGCUCUUAAAUUGAUUUAAAACAACAUAGGAAAACAUACUGGAACAAACAAUUGGUAAACUGCAAAAGAAGACACACCAGGUAUGAAAGGCUUAGUUGAAUGUGGUAACGCUAAAGAUGUAAUAGGAGUAUUUGACAACCCUGCACUGACAAGCAAGAAGCACAAUUAAUCGAAUCAGAGUGGAUUAAAGCUCUGUCUUGUUUACGAUUCUUGAGAUCUGCUUGCCAGAAAUACGUUAUCUGAUUUUCCUUGGCGUUAUUAAACUGUAGCAUCAAACAGCAAUUGGAUUAGUUCUGUGUUCAGCAGAACUUAACAGAACAAUGUUCCCAAUUUUUCCUAAAAUGGGGGACAGCUUGCAUGUUGACUUGGAUUUACUGUUUUAAAUGUAAAUUUUUGAGAUAACAUGUGGAAAAAACUUUAAUGGAAAGCAAUCUCCCUGUGAAGAGAUUCAUAUGUGAAAAAUAAAUACUAGUGGAUAUCUCACUUUUAAUAAUUUUUGUUUUCAGCAGGGUGUCAGACUCACUGCUGUAAACAGGGAGUGUUACUCACCUUUUUUUAAAAUGAGAAAAUAUGUUUCUCAUUACCCUACCCAAAACUUUAUCUGCAAUGAAAGUCUGGAAGCCAAAGCACCACCGAGCCAUCUGCAGUGAGAGAAGUGACACUUAGCCAAAACGUGAGCUAAAUAAGCCAUAAAAACUAUAUAAAUGGCAAAUUCAGAUUCGGAGGCUAAUCGUGAAGGCGUAUGCUAGCUGGUGGUCCCUUUUGCUUGCAGGUAAUCAUGUGACCUCAGAAUGUGGCAGCUUUAAAAUAAUCCAGUCCUCAGAAAGAUAGAAAGUCACACAAAAAUACAUAAAACAACAACCUCUUCAGGCCUUUUUAAAGUUUUCAUCAACUCUACACUUAGCUGGGAUACGUAGUGGAGUGUAGCUGUUCCUUUAAAACAAACCAGGUUCUUUUUAUUAAUCUGUGUAGUUUUGUCAGUUACCAUUCCUUAAAUAUAGUCUCUAUUUAUUCAGCGUGCCAUAAGUGUGUUCCUUUUUGUUUUUUUGUCUGCUUUUUUAUGGUGAUGAUGUAGUUAAUUAACCGGUAGAUU